AUGGGGGCCUCGCGCCGCUUGCUGCCCCCGCUGCUCGCGUUCGCCCUCGCCCGCGCGACGACGCACGACCUCUUCGUCGACGGCGCGCCGCCGCCGAUCGUCGCGACGCUGCCCCUGCUCAUCGACGGCGCGCGCGAGGCCGUCGAGCUCGCCGUGCGCGAGGGCGACGACGUCGCCGCCUUGCUCGGCGCCGUCACGCCGCGGCUCAGCGCGGACAACGUGGACCAGGUGACGUCGGCGCUCUACCUGCGCGCGGCGAAGGGCGGCCACACGGUCGCGCGGCGCUGGUGGGCCGUCGCGGCGUCCGCCGCGGGCCCCGCGACCGCGGCGGCGGCGCGCGCGGCCGUGUGGCGGACGGCGCUGAGCGCCGCGGCGGCGUCGCGGCCGGGCGCCGGCGUCGUCGUGGCGACGGACGGCUUCGCGCUCGGCGAGGACUCGCGGGCCGCGCUCGGCGCGGCGCUGCGCGCGCGGGGCGCGCGCGCGGCCGCCGCGGUCGCGACGGCCGAGUGGGUCGGCCCGUCCGCGAUCCUCGCCGCCGCCGUCACCGCCGCGCCGGACCGCGCCAUCGUCGCCGCGCCGCCCUGGGGCGCCGCCGUCCGCGGCGACGUCUUCGUCGACUACGAGCGGCUCGCGCGCGGCCACGGCCGCGGCGGCCACCUCGUCGCCUGGGCGGCCGCGCCGGCCGGCUGCCUCUCGCGGACGCCGCUCCUCGUCGCCGACGCCGCGUCCUGGGAAGCGCUCGGCGCCCCGGACGGAGGCUACGCCCUCGAGGGCGGCGUCGCCGCGUGGCUCGACGACCUCGGCGCGCGCGGCGACGCCGUCGAGGUGCCGGCGUGGUCGGACGCGCUCGCGUGCGACCCGCUCCCGGACGGCGGCGAGCGCCUCGACGCCGUCGGGCUCCCGGACGACUGGGAGCGGCUCCGCCAGGUCGACGCGGACCUCUUCCACCUGCGGUCGCGGCCCGCGGGCGGCGGAACCUCAGCGCCUGUCCCUCGGCCGGCGCGGACCUGGCUCGGCCGGAACCUCAGCGGCCUGUCCCUCGACCGCCACGAGCGCGACCGGCGCGGCGAACGCGGCCACGCCGUCGCCGCGUCGCUCUGCCUCUACGACGACGACCGCUUCCUCGCGCCCCUGCUCGCGGACCUCGAGCCGCGCGUCCACGCGGUCGUCGUCCACCACGCGCUCGAGCCGUGGUUCGGCGCGCCGCGGCCCGCGGCGCGGCGGCGGGCCGCGGCGGCCGUCGCGGCCCUCGCGGCGGCGAGCGCGAAGAUGUCCGUCGUCGUCGGCGACUGGCCCACCGAGGAGGCGCAGCGCAACUCCGCGCUCCGCGUCGCCGCGGCGCUGCCCUGCGCGCCGAGCCACGUCCUCCUCGUCGACGGCGACGAGUUCUGGCACCCCGUGGAGCUCGACCGCGCCCUGGCCCUCGUCGCCGACGCCGAGCGGGGCGGGCGGCGCGUGGGCUGGGCGCGCGCGGCCAUGGCGACGUACUUCAAGAGCGCGGCGACGGUCGUGGACCCGCCGGAGCCGCUCCAGAUCCUCUGGCUCGUGGAGACGGCCCGCGACUCGCCGACGGCCUGCGCCUUCUCCGAGGCGCGGAACUGGGCCUGCGCCGACGGGACGCUCGCCGCGGACGCGCUCGCGGAGAAGAUCGACGCGCUCGGCGUCUUCGUGGACGCGGCGACGGCGCGGUGCCACCACCUCUCCUACGUGCGCACGUCUUCCGAGCUCGAGGCCAAGGUCGCGUCCUUCGCCCACGCGCGCGACGUCGUCGACGGCUGGGUCGACGACCCGAAACGAGCGGAGGACCUGCACCCGACGCACCCGGCGGCCUUCAAGCGCACGAAGCGCCAGCCCCUCUGGGCCCUGCCCCCGGCGCUGCGCCGCCUGUCGCUCGACGCGCGGCGGCGGUCCCGCGACUGCGCGGCGCCCACCGGGGACGACGCGCUCUUCUGCCACGCGUCGCCGCCGCGGCGCGCGGCCCUCGACCUCGGCGCGCCGCCGGCGGCCCACGACCGGAGCGACGGCGCCGCGGCGGCGGCCGCCGUCGACGUCGGCGGCGACGCGGCGCGGACGUGGCGGCCCAACGGGCCCCGGGGUCGCUUCGAGAGCGUCGUCGGCGGCGCCGAGGCCGCGGCGGCCGGCGUCCAGCUGGACCCGUCGCCGGGCGCGCCGACCUGCGGCGCCGGCGGCCGGCCGCGCUUCCUCGUCGUCGUCAUCGGCGAGGGCGAGCUCGACGGCGCGACGGAGGGCGUCUUCGCGGACGCGGCCGCGGCCGUCGCGGCCGCGGCGCGCGCCCUCGGCGGCGACGCGGCCGCGGCCUGGUGCCCCGACGCGCGCUUCUGCGUCCUCGACGAGCCGCGGCCCCUCCUGAUCGUGCUCGGCGUCCACCACCUCGCGCGCUACGCCUUCGAGGCCGACGACGGGUCGGAGGUCGGCUUCGCGGCCGCGCGCGGAUGGCCGAACCCGAACGCGUCCGCGCUCUACAACUUCGAGCAGGUGGGCCGGGCCGAGGACCUCGCGGCGGAUUCCAAACUCUUGGAUCUUCUCCCGGCCUGGGCCGACGCGGGGCACCUCUGGGACUACUCCGCGGCGACCGCGAACGUCGUCGCGCUCGCGGAGGCGCGCGGGCUCCGGGCCGCGCACGUGCCGCUCGGCGCCGCGCCGGGCCUCGGCGACGGCGCUGGCGCCCUCGCCGGGCCGCGGCCCGUCGACGUGCUCUUCGUCGGCAAGCUCAACGGCCGGCGGCGGAACAUUCUGCGCGCGCUCCGCUACGACCACGGGCUCAGAGUCCUCCACGGGAACGCGGACGGCCCGCUCUUCGGCGAACCGCUGAAAGCGGCGCUCCAAGGCGCCAAGGUCGUGCUGAGCCUGCGCUUCUUCGACGACGACCGCGAGUGGAAGAUGACGCGCUUCCUCCCGGCCGUCGCCGCCGGCGCCGUCGUCGUCGCGGAGCCCGGUGGCGCGCCCGCGGAGCAGGCCGCGUGGGCCGGCGCGGUCCACUUCGCCGCCGGCGGCGUGUCGGGCCUCGCGCGCGCCAUCCGGGCGUACCUCGACGACGACGCCGCGCGCGACGCGCGCGCGGCAGCCGCGCUCGACGUGCUCAGGUCGCGGCCCAUGGCAGCCAAGCUCCGGCGGCCGCUCGCGAAGCUCGCGCGGGGCGCGUGCCCGGGCUGGGUCCCGGAGACGGUCGAGGGGGACCCGGCGCCCUGGCAGUGGGACGUCGUGAUGGACUAA